AUGGCAUCAGCUGGCCCUGGCAUCCCCGACUCUCUCAUCCCCAAGGUCACAGACUACGUCCGCACCUACAUGUCCAACUACGACGGAUCCCACGACUUCAACCACAUCAAGCGCGUUGUCCACCUCGCCAAGAUAAUCCAAUCAACCGAGUCGUCUCCCGAGAAUCCAACCGAUGUCUCUGUCGUCACCCUCUCCGCGCUGCUUCACGACGUCGGCGACAAGAAGUACCUUCGUGAAGGAGAGAAUCCCGAGACCAUGGUACGAGAAGUGCUCUUAAGAUUCGGCGCCGAUGAGGAGCUUGGCGAUAGGGUGCAGGCGAUUUGCCUUGGAGUGAGCUAUUCGAGCGAGGUGAAAGAUCCGGAGAGGGUGAAGAGAUUGAUUGCGAUUUACCCUGAGCUCGCCAUCGUGCAGGACGCGGACCGGCUAGAUGCCAUCGGUGCCGUGGGCAUAGGCAGGACCUUUGCUUUUGGCGGAGCCAAGGGUCGCACUUUGGGGGACACUUUAGAUCAUUUUGAUGAGAAGUUACUUCUUCUUGAAGGCAUGAUGAAGACGGAGACCGGAAGGAAGCUGGCUAAGGAAAGGGCUGAGAGGUUGAGAACGUUUGCCUCGUGGUGGGAGGAUGAGACAAAAUCAGUGAGCGAUAUCUAA